AUGCGUCCGCUAUUAACUGCUGUGCUCAUUGCGCUCGUCGCUCGCACUACCGUCACGUCGGCUGCAAAGUGUUUCUACAGAGGCUCGAAAACGCCAGACGUCGUGCACACACCUGGGACCGACCCGUUCCCUGCAGUCGACUUCAAAGGCGAGCAGGGGUCGGUGAGCGAAGACACUUCCGAUAAGCCGGAGGUCAGCAGUCCCACGCCUCCCGAAGACGAGAACUCGGACGAUGCCGGGAAACAACCCGACGGCUCUGCUGGGAUUCCUCCAAGCAGCGAAGAACCCGAUGAAGAACCUGAAGAAAAACCUGAAGAACCAAAGUCUAGUGGCGACACGCCGUCGCCAAGUGGAAACUCGACCGACGACGGCCAUGCGCCGUUCGGUGACAUUACGUCCGGCGACGACAAGUGCGUCAUCGGGAACCCGAGCGAGUACAUUGCGACCAAAGACGUGAACUGGAUCUGGACCGAGCGCAUUGCUAAGGGCUCGGCCGAGUUCAAGAACUACAUCAUUGACCAGAUCGUGAGCAACAAGGGGAAGCUGAGCUACUGCGUGCGCUGGGACAGCACCGAGAAGCUCUCGAAGGAGGUGGCGUCCAAGUUUGAACCAAUGCUCAAUCGCCAGUUCAAGGCGUGGAACCACUGGCUCGUGGGCUACGGCUGCUGGCCGUACGAGACGAUCGACGUGAAGAUCGUCGGGUGGGCCACGCGCGAUGCGGCGCUCUUUGACUGGUCCGACGACUCGCUCGGCGAGAUCCACUCGACGGAAAAGGACGUCGACGGCGUCCCGCAGUGUCCGGAAAAUUGCUACAAGCACAAGGACUCGGCCGCCCAUAGCGACACGAGCGGGUGCAAGAGCGUGCCGUUUGACAUGUCGCUGUGGCCGACACUCGGCCAGGGCGGAGGCGCUGGUGGGGACUGGGGCCAACGUGCCGAUGCGCACAAUAUGCUGGCGUCUCUAGAUCUCGAGCAACUCACGAUCGUGUCGCACGAGAUGGGACACGGCUUUGGUCUCCCGGAUUUCUACAAGCCCGAGGAAGAGCCGAGCAAAGACUUUCCCGUCUGCAUUAUGAAAGCAGGGUCUGCGCAUGAGGUGACCCCCGCGGAUGGAUGGAUGUUGCGCCGCGUGUACGAGAACCUGCGGCCUCGGUACGACUUUGGGUGA